CCGCAGGUCCGCCAUAUUGUCUGCCGAAGCUGCCGCUGAAGCUACAGCUGCGGCCGCCGCCAAGUCUGAGCGAGCGGAGCCGCGAUGGAGACCAUGGCAAGCCCAGGGAAAGACAAUUACCGAAUGAAGAGCUAUAAGAACAACGCCUUAAACCCUGAGGAAAUGAGACGAAGGAGGGAGGAAGAGGGCAUUCAGCUUCGGAAACAGAAGCGGGAACAACAACUUUUUAAACGGAGAAAUGUGGAGCUGAUUAAUGAAGAGGCCGCCAUGUUUGAUAGUCUGCUGAUGGACUCCUAUGUGAGCUCUACAACUGGGGAAAGUGUGAUCACAAGAGAGAUGGUGGAGAUGCUCUUUUCUGAUGAUUCUGACUUGCAGUUAGCAACCACACAGAAAUUCCGGAAACUCCUCUCCAAAGAGCCAAGUCCUCCAAUAGAUGAAGUUAUUAACACUCCAGGAGUAGUUGACCGGUUUGUGGAGUUUCUGAAGAGGAGUGAGAACUGUACAUUACAGUUUGAAGCUGCCUGGGCUCUGACAAACAUUGCCUCUGGAACCUCUCAGCAGACCAAAAUUGUCAUUGAAGCAGGAGCUGUCCCCAUUUUUAUAGAGCUGCUUAACUCAGACUUUGAAGAUGUACAAGAACAGGCAGUCUGGGCUCUGGGAAACAUAGCUGGAGACAGUUCGGUUUGCAGAGAUUACGUCUUGAAUUGUUCCAUCCUUAAUCCUUUGUUAACACUCCUUACUAAGUCCACACGACUGACAAUGACAAGGAAUGCAGUCUGGGCCCUGUCAAACCUCUGCAGAGGGAAGAACCCGCCUCCAGAAUUUGCAAAGGUCUCUCCUUGUUUGCCUGUAUUGUCUCGCCUACUCUUCAGCAGCGACUCAGACUUGCUGGCAGAUGCUUGCUGGGCCCUCUCGUACCUGUCUGAUGGUCCCAAUGAGAAGAUCCAGGCAGUCAUAGACUCUGGAGUUUGCCGAAGACUGGUAGAACUUCUCAUGCACAACGAUUACAAAGUCGCGUCUCCUGCCUUGAGAGCUGUGGGUAAUAUUGUCACUGGUGAUGACAUCCAGACCCAGGUUAUUCUUAACUGUUCAGCCCUCCCAUGCCUCCUCCACCUGCUGAGCAGCUCUAAGGAGUCAAUCCGGAAGGAAGCUUGCUGGACCAUUUCAAACAUCACUGCUGGCAACAGGGCUCAGAUACAGGCUGUCAUAGAUGCAAAUAUCUUCCCUGUGUUGAUCGAAAUCCUUCAGAAAGCAGAGUUUCGUACCAGGAAAGAAGCUGCCUGGGCCAUCACUAAUGCCACAUCAGGAGGAACCCCAGAGCAAAUCAGGUACCUGGUGUCGCUGGGCUGCAUCAAACCACUGUGUGACUUGCUAACUGUAAUGGAUUCAAAGAUUGUGCAAGUAGCCCUCAAUGGACUAGAGAACAUCUUGCGGCUUGGAGAGCAAGAGGGCAAGCGUAGUGGCUCAGGGGUCAAUCCCUACUGUGGCCUCAUUGAGGAGGCCUAUGGCUUGGAUAAAAUCGAGUUUCUCCAGAGCCACGAGAACCAGGAAAUCUACCAGAAGGCCUUUGACCUCAUUGAGCACUACUUCGGUGUAGAAGAUGACGAUAGCAGCCUGGCUCCUCAGGUGGAUGAGACGCAACAGCAGUUCAUCUUCCAACAGCCCGAGGCCCCCAUGGAGGGCUUCCAGCUAUAAUGUCUGCCUCCGGGGAGGGGAGGGCAUGGGAAGCACCACCAGCCAGCGGAAGAGCAGCCCUCUGGUGGGCAGGGAAACAGCCACCCCACCAGCAGCCACCAUACACCUGCUGCCCUGGAGACUGUGCUCUUACCUGCUCAUCCCCUUCCCUGGAGGGCACCCUCUGGACAGACAGAAGCAUCUGAGGCUCACACUGGGUUUUGUGACAAGAAGGGGGCGUGUGGGUUUUCUUCCUUACACUUAUUUUGGCUGCACACAUGUCUUUAACCCAGGAGCCCAGGGGUAGGCAAAGGAGGACUGAGGUAAUCAAUUUGCACCUUUAAAAUUUUUUUUUCUUUUAUUUUCUUUAGUGGUGACUUCCUUCCCAUUUAUCUUGUUUCAUCCAUCCCAGUCCUCUGCCCUGAUGUGUGUAACUCUUAUCUCGGGUACUUGAGCAGAUGGAAUAUUCCAGAGGUGGGAGGGGAGGGGAGGGGAGAAGUCCAAAACAAAGUGUUCUUGCUCUGACUGAAUAUUAAUCUUGUAUGCUUGGAUUGGUUAUUUAAUUUUUUUCUUUUGCACAUUUUUCUUGUAUUAAGGUUGCUCUUCCCAAAAAGCUGGUUUUAAGAACCCAGCUGCCAGCACUGUCUGGAAAUAGAGGCUAAUUAGGGAGGCCCCCAUGAGACAAAGGUCCCUCCCUCCUCUGACCCUAUGCCUAAGCCCUCCCCCUCACUCUCCUGGGACAUAUCACCAGUGUGAGUGGAAGGGAGGAGCACAGGCCUUCAGACAGGGCUUCCCUUUUGUAGCUACUGACCCUGUAUCCUACCCACCUCCUAAAUGGUGCGACCCAACUUUAUUUGUUUACUUGAAAAUUCACCUCAGAGUUGAAUGAACCUCUGAGGUGGCUGUGUUUUCUCCUGAGCUUGAGAUGGUGGGCUGUGGUCCUUCCUUCUCCUGAGGAGAAAGUCCUUGCUCUGAUGACCCAUAAGUUGCAGAGGAGGUUGGAGUUAGGGUCGUGUAUUGGGAUAGUCAGGAAUCCCUGCCUUUGGCCUUUCUUCUUCCUUCUGCCAUAGUUGGAUCAUGUAUAUUUUACUUCCAAAGGAGAGAAUGUCAAAGUUCUGUAUUUUUUUUUAUAGUCUAUAUAUUAAGUAAGUCAGUCUUAAAGGUCUUAGGAGGACAAAAACCGCCUGUGAGUGGGAUACCGUGAGGAAGACCAGAAAGAGGUGUAGAAGCUUCCCACUCAGAGGACUGAACUUGGUCCUUUUCUUCUCUGCUUGGAUUCUGGGCCACCGCUUGGGACCAACUCUCACCUCUGGAGCCUUCAAGUCAAUCGGCCUGGGCUGAUUGUCCCAGUACCUGAAGGGAGCAAAGAGGGCCUCAGGGCCUGGUGAAGUCUGCUGCUCUGGUCCUUGCUUCUGAGCAGAAAGCAGCCUGCCUUCUCUAACACAGUGCCAGUCCUGUUACCCAGAUAAGUCACGACACAGCUGCCUCUCCUGUCAUCAGAGAACCUUGGCGACCUGGAUACUUUGAGAGCUGUUGGCAUCUCCCUUCUGACGGUCCUUGUACCUGGAUUGGAUUUCCCCUUCUUGUGACAGUUACACAGACACAUUUUCUUCUGAGUAAAGCUGGUUCAAUACCUCA